CCACGUGGUUGUCGUCACACGCCAUCAUAAAGUCAACGACCUCUCAUUAGCCUCCCAUCUGAACCUCGUCGCCAUCAGCGAUCCGGCAAUACCUUGAGCUGGGGGAGCUGAUGGCGUAGUUGUUCCCGCCUCGUCCGUGAUGCCGCCACCGUCCGCCUUUGAAGGCGGUAUCGAGGUCGGGGAGGAUGACUUCAAAAAGGCCGAUAGAUUGGCAGCUCGUGCCGCUCGAUUCAGCAACAAGCUACCCGGAAACAGGUUCAAAGAGCUGGAAGAGUCUCGGACGAAAGAGCGGAAAGCAUUUGAAGCUCAAGGCUUGAUCAAAGUCGGCAAGACUGAACUUGGAGAUGCCGUGGAUAUGAAGGGUACUUGCGAGCAGAUGUGCUCAGACUACGAACGAGAGUUUAGGGAGUACACUCGAGAGAUCCAUCCGUUUGAAGCUGCACCGAACAAGCGGAUGGACCCUGCCAAAGCUGUCGCUGCCUACUCGAGAUCAGAUGCUGGCGCAGGACAUGGAGAGUCUGCCAUCCUCCCAUCGGAUCUGCGCACGCCGCAAACGCUAGUACGCACCCUGGAUUACCUCUUCGCCAAGGUCAUGUCGACCCAGUCGCCCGAAUUGAUCGGCGCGCCGACCGCUCGGAAAGCGCUUGGAUACACUGCUGGAUUCAUCAGAGACAGGACUCGCGCGAUCCGGAAAGAGUUUGCUAUGCAGAGCAGCUGGGGUCACGAAGAGGCUAUUGCGAGUUUCGAGCGCAUUGCCAGAUGGCAUAUCUUGUGUUUGAGGGAAUUGCAGGAGGAAACAGGGAUGAACAGUGAUAUGCACAUCGACUCUGCAGAACUCGGCAGAUGCUUCACAUCCUUGCGUCAGCACUACAACGAUCGAAGGGAAGAGCUAGGCACCGACUUGCCGUGCUCUAACGAGCCCGAGUUUCAGGCCUACAUGCUCAUUUUCAACCUCGCCGACAAAUCCGUCGCUAUCCCUACAUCUGAACUCCCUUCUGUCAUCCUCGACCAUCCAUUGGUCAAAAUAGCUUGGGAGAUCCGUCGAACCGCACAGCGCAAUUUCGACACACAAAAGGAGGGCUCGAAAUCCAACGCGGAAUACGGAGCCAAUAUGAUUAACCUCUUCGUUCGCCUGCUGCAACAACCUAAAUUCCCCUACCUCCUCAGCUGUCUUGUCGAGGUUCGACUGAGAGAAAUGCGCAGAAGUGCUUUGCGAGCUCUGACCCGGACAUAUCCUAGGCUAAGGUCAGAUCCUUUACGAUACAACGAUCAGGGUGAAGUCGUCGAGAGGCGAAUGGUUUUGAUACAGACAUUGGACAAGAUUCUAGGAUGCGAGGAGCAGGAAGAUGAAGAAACGGCGUACGAUGACAUUGAACCCGUGUCGAGAUCAUCGGAUGAAGAGGCGGUCAACGUGGUCACAAAGUUUGAGCUCGACGUCUUCCCAGAUGUCAAGCAGGCUAUCGGAGCUUUGAUUAAUCUAGGUUCUACGUUCAAUGAUAACCGAGAUGCCCCGUUCACACGCCGCUGGAAGUUGAUCACAUCUAAACGAGAGGGAAUUGCUUUCGUCGAUGUAGUUAAUGGAAAAGCUGGCAUCCACAUCGACGGCACCUCUGCGCCUGCCCCUCAACCAGCGAGACGACCUACAUUACCGAUGUCCACACCACUCAACGCUGCUGCGCCCGCCUUUCCUCCCAAAGCCGCUGUGGCCGAAACGAUCAAGGCCGCCCCUCCUUCGGCUUUCUCUUUCAAUCCGACACCAGCAGCACCUGUCGCCCAGUCAUCCAUAAAACGGCCUAAAGAAGACGUUGCGGUGCCAACGAAUGCGUCCUCGCCUUUCUCAUUCUUCUCCAAAGCUGCAAAUACCUCGACGAUCGAAGGAAAAUCCCCUCGUCCAGCUGCACCGGCUCAGACCGCGCCGGCUUUUUCGUUCAGCACGCCAGCCCCAACUCCGCCCACCCUGAGGACACAGCCGCCUCAGGCUGGAACAACCCUGAUGACGACUGAGCCUAGUCAACUUCUAAUUCCACCACCAGCUGCCAGUACCUCCACCCUGGCGCCCCAACCAUCGAGCCGUGGAUCCUUCUCCAUACAGAUAACAGAGCCAUCUUCAUCGAGCGCGCCUUCUAGCACUCCAUCCGCCAAAGCCCUUGGAAAGAGGCCAGCGCUUCCUUCACCGCCACUCUCAAGGUCGCUGUCUCGAGCCUCCGAGGCUGAUCGGCGGAAGAGUAGACAAGCGCUGCCCGCCCUUCGCGACGCCAUGCUGCAGGAGCUAAUGCAGUCCACGUUAUCCGACAUGACUAUUGAUCUGCUCAAAAUGGUGAAGCAGGAGCAAGCUGCCCGUCAAUACCAUCAAGCAGCUGAUAAACGGCACAACGCGAUACAGACAUGGUCGCAAUGGGUUUACGACAGCUUGAAACAGCAGAGGAUCGAUCGCAUUUUGGCAAAGGCCGUACUCAACGAGCUCAAAUGGCGGUACUUGGCCCGAAAGUAUCUCGCUAUCUGGCGAGAUUGGGCGCGGGAGAGAAGAAGGGCUCAGGCUGCCUUGCGCAAGGAGAGGGCGAGAGUCCUCACUACCUUUCAAAGCAUGGGACUGGGGAGUGCAGACACGUUGUUGGCGGAACAUUCAGUCGACUCGGCGGAAGGUGGAAUGCCCGAGGACCGUGACGAAUUUCUUGUCGACGUGGCUCUUCGCGAGGCCGCCGCGGAGCGCUCCCAUCUCUAUGCACCGAGCACCUUCCUUCACAUCAUUGCCCGACAUAUUGCACCACUUUUGUCCAGCUCCAUCGCCGACAAUCGAGGAACGCCUCUCGCCUCACCGUUAUCAACUAACAGCCGUUCCGUCCCCACGAUGCACCGAUGGGAAACAUUUUUGUCACUCGCUUCUGGUGCCGGUUCUGCUCCUCCUUCUUCGGCGUCCAAAUGGCUCCGGGACAAGCUGAGCGUCAAGGGUGAGGAAUUCUAUGAAUAUUCGGAUAUAUUGUUCGAGACGUCUGUCAUCGGAAGCGAGGACGAUGUCCGCGCUGGAGCCGUCGGUCUCAUUGUAUUCGAAGCACCGCUUCAGGGACCCGUGUCUAGUCACGAGAAGAAUCGGAAGGAUGCACAGAACCGCCUCGAAUGCUUAGCUCACGUCUGUCGCGACCAAGCAAAUCGGUAUGAUCCAGCUCUGCUGAUCAUCACCUGGGAAGAUGAGGAUCUGGAUGCUCUCUCCUCGAGGCUUUCGAUCGCGUCACAGCUUGUACCGUUUUCUAGCAAGACUAUUCUUUCACUACAAGUGGUUCAUGAGGUCGACUCAAGAUUGGAAAUGGCGUUAGGGGCGAUCUUGCCUAGCAUAGACUUGAAGUGUCAAGUUCUUAUCCCUCUCCAAGACCUCGUUGCGGACUUGCUACCGAUUUGGGCGAGAUUCGCCGAUACAGCUCUGCGGAUAUUGCAACAUCAGUCAACGAACUUUUCCUUCGCCGUCCGGGUGUUCGAAGAAGGACUCAGUAUCGUCAAUCAGGUGUCAAAGCUGGCAAGUGAUAACAUUGGCAAGGUGGAGAUCAGCGAAUCUGCGACUUUCGAUCCUAUCUUAUUGCCGCCUUUCGAUUCGGUGGCCCCGACAAGCGCGUCCGGAGCUGCAGACGCGAUCGCUUCCUAUCUUUCACACGAAGACUUGAGUGGUAUCUCAGAGGUCAAGCUAUUACUUGGUCCGCUCAGUAGAGCCGUUGCAAAUGAUGCGACUCUGCCAGUCAUUGAUAUCCUGUCAUCUCUUGCGUUGCUCGUAUUUGGGGAAAUGGCUGGUCAGACCCUGCUUCUUGAGUCAUACUGGCCGGCCUCCGUGGCCCAAGAAGUGGUGAAGGGUUAUUUGAGCACCACGACAAAGCAGUAUGAAAAGUACCUGUCUUUGAAACUGGACGUUCUUGGCCGGAUGCUCGUUUCGCCAGCCAAGAACAAGUCGACAUCGAUCAGGACGAGCGAGGUGCCGCUCAGCUACGAAUCCAAUUCUGAGAACUCUCCCAUCCCUUCUGUCAAGAUCGGAAUCAAACGUGGUCGAUUGAGCAGUAGUGAGAACCUCAAGAGUUCUCCCAAUGCCAAGCAAAUCAAAGCAGCGAAGAAUGCCAAGUUGCUUCAGGCGAUGGCAGAGGUCAACAGGACGUUGGGCGAGAUGGACAUGGAUGCUGUCUACUAGGUUGCUGUCUUUUCAUUGCAUAUCGAGUGUUAUGGU